AUGAAGGAAGCAGACAAUGAUCAGGAGGGACAGAUUGGAAAUGGAGAUGAACAUGCUAACGACGAAGAGGCAAUUGAACAAGCCUGUGGAAGGGAUGCGAGUUCAUCUUCCUCAGUAACUGUUGAUCAGGGCGAGAGCCAGCAAAAAGAAGGUGCAGAUCAAGAAGGAGGAAGUAAGCCUGAACCUAAAAAGCCAACUGAGAAAGCUGGUGAAUCUGAGGAGCAGGUGGAGAUUGAAGAGAUUUCAGUUCCUAGUAACAAAGAAGCUAGAAAAGCUGAAGAAGAAGAGAAGGCGCAUGAGCCUGGCACGGAUGUCGCAGAAGAAGGGGAAGAAGAGGUGUUUGAUACCAGGCUUUAG